AUCAAAGCGACGCUUGUAAAGGCCCACACUUCCUUUACUUCGCCGCUCCUUCUAUUAUCUCCUUCUCCAUUUUCUGAGUAAUUUUAAGAUAUAGUUUUUAUAAUACCAAAAUUCUUCUUAUUCAGCUCAUAAAUUGUCUCUGUUUCAAGUACCAAAUCUCUCUUUGAACCAAAGUUUCAUUUUUUAUAACUAAGUUGGUGACACUUAAUAUAGUAAUUUCCACUCAGAGGGGUUGUUACAGAUUAUUAGAUUCUUGAAUUCACUCUUAAGCUUUGUUAAGUUUUUUUUUAGUGUUUAUCUUUCUCCCCUAACUUGUAAAAAAGAAAACUUUAUCUUUUUCCAGCUUUUCUUUGUUUGUUUUCAUCUACUGUCUUGGGUCUUUUCUUGUUUUCUCUUUAAGUUUUGUUUGGAUUAUUGCUUUUUGAAUCUUUUGCUUUCUGGGUUUUUCUACUUUUUGUUGAUUGUUUAAGUUCUUGGAGUCUGUUUCUUUAGAUGGGUUCUUUCAGUUCUGGGGUUUUGUAGAAACUUAGUGUGCUCUUGUGGUGAGGAAUUAUUUGGGGGAAAAAUGAGAACUUGUGUUGUAUUUCAAGUUUUAGUAACUGUUGGACUAGUUCUUGGGAUCUGUGAUGCUUUUCCAUCAAAUGAAGUUUAUGCUCUCAAUACCUUCAAGGAAGCUAUAUAUGAAGACCCUCUUCUGGUUUUGUCAAAUUGGAAUGGUUUAGAUUCAGAUCCUUGUGGUUGGGCUGGAGUCUUUUGUUCUAUGGCUCAAGAUCAUGUCAUAAAAAUAAACAUUUCUGGCGUUUCGUUGAAGGGGUUUCUUUCACCCAACUUGCAUUUACUCUCCUCUUUGCAAGAACUAAUUUUGCAUGGAAAUGUGCUGAUUGGUACAAUUCCUAAGGAGAUUGGCCUAUUGAAAAACCUGAAGGUCUUGGAUUUGGGUGCUAACCAGCUAACAGGACCAAUUCCUUCCGAGCUUGGAAAUUUGACAAAAAUUAUGAAAAUCAACCUACAAUCUAAUGGAUUAACAGGGAAAUUGCCUGCUGAGCUUGGUAAUUUGAAAUACCUUGAGGAACUUCGGUUGGACAGGAACAAACUCCAAGGACUAGUGCCUGCUAAUACUGAAUCAGAUUUUACAUCCGCUGUACGUGGAAUGUAUGCCUCUGGUGCCAGCGCUACAGGUUUUUGUCGCACAUCCCAGCUCAAAGUGGCUGAUUUCUCAUUCAACUUUCUUAUUGGAAGCAUACCAAAGUGUUUGGGUUACCUUCCAAAAUCUAGUUUUCAAGGAAAUUGCCUUCAGCACAAAGACCCGAAGCAACGGUCUGCUGCUUUAUGUGGUAGCACUUUGCCUCCCACUAGCCAUGCGUCGACACUCAGCAAUAAGCACCAGCCUGUUGAAGAACCGAGACAUCAGACUUCUUCCAAACCCACUUGGCUUUUGGCCUUAGAAGUGGUAACAGGAGUUAUGGUGGGUUCUCUCUUCAUUGUAGGUCUUGUGACUGGCCUUCAGAGGCUUAAGAACAAAUCCUCAAUCAUACCUUGGAAGAAGUCAGGAAGUGAGAAAGACCAUAUGACAAUUUAUGUAGAUACUGGUAUGCUGAAAGAUGUUGUAAGAUACAGCAGACAAGAACUUGAGGUAGCUUGUGAAGAUUUCAGCAACAUCAUUGGAUCCUCACCAGAUAGCAUAGUUUACAAAGGAACCAUGAAAGGCGGACCUGAAAUCGCUGUAAUAUCCCUUUGCGUCAAAGAAGAGCACUGGACAGCCUAUCUUGAACUUUAUUUUCAGAAAGAGGUGGCAGAAUUGGCCAGAAUAAAUCACGAGAACGCUGGGAAACUUCUAGGCUAUUGCAGAGAGAGUAGUCCCUUUACGAGGAUGUUGGUGUUUGAGUAUGCAUCUAAUGGGACAUUAUAUGAACACCUUCAUUAUGGAGAAGGAUGCCAACUAUCUUGGACACGCCGGAUGAAAAUAGUUAUUGGCAUCGCUAAGGGACUGACAUAUUUCCAUUCAGAACUUGACCCUCCAUUUACUAUAUCAGAACUGAAUUCAAAUUCUGUAUAUCUGAUAGAAGAUUUUUCUCCCAAGCUUGUUGAUUUUGAAAGCUGGAAGUCGAUAAUUUCCAGAUCAGAGAAGAAUUCUGGUGCUAUCAGUAGUGAAGGAGCAAUAUGUGUCCUUCCAAAUACUCUCGAGAGCCGUCAUCUCGAUGUCCAGGGUAACAUUUAUGCAUUUGGAGUACUACUACUGGAAAUAAUCAGUGGGAGACCUCCAUAUUGCAAAGACAAAGGGUGCUUAGUAGAUUGGGCUAAGGAAUUUCUUGAAAUGCCGGAGGUAUUAUCCUACGUUGUGGAUCCCGAGUUGAAACAUUUCAAACAGGAAGACCUCAAAGUGAUAUGUGAGGUGAUCAACCUUUGCAUCCACCCGACUACGAGCAGAAGGACAUCCAUUAAGGACCUCUGUGCUAUUCUGGAGAGCAACAUUGACACUUCCAUCACUGCAGAGCUCAAGGCGUCUUCGUUGGCAUGGGCCGAGCUUGCACUUUCAUCCUAACUAACAGAAGGCUAACACAGUAUAUAUAUCCGAAAUAUGUAAUUGUCUAGCGCUUUCUCCUUUUCGUUUUUUGACCUCUCGAUUUCGUUCCCAAUGUGUUCUGGAGUGAUGGUUGAGUUCAUGUAAAUUUUGAGUCUGUAGGAUAAAUUUAGAGUUGAAGAGAUGCUACUGUUGAUUCUUUGUAAACAAAGUGGUUCUUGUUAAAAUGAAUGAGUGUUCAUAGUGAAUGAGGUA